AUGAAAGCUGCUGCGCAGAAUAAUAGUACGAAAAAUUAUGUGUUUUUACCGUUUUCAAAACGAGUGGACAAUUUAAAAAUUGAUGUUGCUCAUAAAGUUCGCCGUGCAGCAGAUAUAGAAGAUGAAAAUCUUGAAUCGUAUUUUAUCUCUUGUUUAAAUAAAUGGGUAGAUUUGAAUCUUUCCACACAUUUUACCAAUUUUUUUAGAGAGGUUUCUCCUUAUACGCAAUCGCUCCCUCAGUUAAUCUUUCAUCAGCAGACUGUUUUUUCCAUUCUCGAAAAAUAUGCUGGUGAGGGUAAUUCACUUUCUUUGCAGCCGUUGCUGGAGUUAAUAACCCAGUUUGCUCGUGAUUUAACGACUGAGUUUGCUGUGUACGUUGAUCGUACAUUAAUAUUACUGUCCCAACUCGUGCGAAGUACCGAGCUAGAAGUCGUGGACUGGUCUUUUCACGCAGUUGCAUAUCUUUUCAAAUAUUUGAGGAAAAUUUUAAUUCCUCAACUAACCCAUAUCUACGAUAUUUUGUCUCCAUUACUAGGUAAGCAAAAGGAGAAAGCUCAUGUCAUUCGGUUUACCUCUGAAGCUUUGUCCUUUCUGUGCCGUUUGAACAAAGAAGACGCCGCAUAUCAAUUUGUUCAUCAUGUCAUCAGCGACUUAAACGAUAACUAUUCUUCUCAGUAUUUGGAAGGUAUCGUCAUCCUUUUUGCUCGCAUAAUCGAAGGUGUCGGCUCCAGUGUCCAUUCGAAAGGUAUUACUUUCGUAAGGAUUCUCUUGGAUCCCUCCAUUUAUACGUUACCUAAGGCCUCAUCUGUCUGUGUCCCUGUUUUCAUUUCAAUCAUUCAUCAUGCUACUGUUGAAUCUUUUGUCGAAGUUCAGGAUAUACUUAUUCAGAAGAUUAUGGAUAAUCCUUCACUAUAUAUUAGCCUAUUUGUAACUGUUGUUGCUACCCGAAAGGGUGCUAAGCUUUCAAAUAUUUCGGCUUUCCUUGAAGCGUAUACAAAGCUUAUGGAGACAACGGUUUGGGAAUCUGCGGAAUACUCUUUUCUGACUUUAGUAUACCAGUUAGCUGCAUAUCUCAUAACGUAUCCUGAGGUUGCUGUUGUUAUACCUUACAGCACACGUAUCUUAAGUUUUCUACAGCAAGGCCCUCCCCCACUGUUUUUGUCGUUUGCCGACUUUAUUCAAAAUUUGAAUCACCAAAGAUAUGUUUCUUUCAUUAAGCCUGCUUUAUCCAAAUACGUAUCUUCAAAUCCUAAUUUGGACCUAAUUCAAAUAGCGGUUAUGGAAAUUACUUUUGAUACGGGCGUUUCCUUAACUCCUAGCAUAUUUACUAUGGCUAGUGAGAGCUUGAAAAAGGCCUCAUUAUUGACGAAAGGUGGCGAUCCUUUGACCGAACAUGAAUUGGCUCCUGCAUGGUCUCAGUUGAUUGUAUUAUCCUCUUCUGCGGUGGAUAAAGUUCAGCUAUAUGAGAGUUGUGUGAGUGUCUUAGAAAAGAUUAAGAGUCUGUCCUCGCCCUCUUUGCUCUAUGGAAAUAUUGUAGGCUUAAUCUUAAGGAUUCUCAACGAAAAGGCAAAUAGCUAUUUGAAAGAAAAUUCAGCAAGCAUGCAAAAGCUAUUGAACUUAGUACUUCCUAAGUUUGAGUUAUAUUCAUCAAGCAAGUUUUUCUUAGAAAAUUUAAUACCAUUUGCAGCAAUGAAAACUGUUUCGUUUAAGGAGUCUAUGGAUUCAAUAAUUAAUUGCUUGUUAAAGAAUUUGGUAACUGGUGCUUACGGUCUUAGAAGUGUUUCAAUAAACCUACUUCUCACCAUUUAUGAGAAUGUUAACGGACAAUAUUCGGCCCCUUUACUUCAUGUCAGGGAUUUGAUCGAAAUGCCACUUAGCCCUUCAACGAGUCGUGAUGCAGUUGUACUUGCUCGAAACGUUGUCAGCAAAAUUAAUUUACUUUCAUUACAAGAUCGAAAAGUCGCUUUGUUUUCAUUAAUCGGGUGUAUCAUGGUUCGGUUUACUCCUGUUUGGAAGGAUUUCGCAAAGGCAAUAGUAAGCGUGCUUAACAAAGAACUAGAAGGAGAAUUUAUGAAAAUUAUGUUUACUUGGUUAUCUUGUCCAAAACCGCCGUCGAAUUUGCUUACUGAAGAACAACAAUCAAUCCUUCAUUUCGAACCUGCUGAAGUCAAUUACCUUUCCACAUUGGAUAGAUACGAGUUUACGUGCCCAUCUUUCGCUUCUUCUGAAGAGACAUUUGGUACUUGCCUAUUUAACUUUCAGGAGCCUCAGGUUCAGAGCACAAAAGAUUUAUUAAAGUCUUUGGAAGAUGACUAUUCAAAUCUUCCUUCGUAUCGUUCUCAAGGUUUACGUAUUCUGAACGAGUCAUCAGAUUUGGUUUAUAGCUAUAUUGAUCGGGUGGAUGAGUAUCUAUUUAGUUUGCAACAUGGCUUUGAGCUUAACACUGAUUGGUCUCGGCAAGAUAUAUAUAUGCUUUUAGGCCUUUAUUCGCAUCUUCAAGGACAACAACGUACCAAAAAUGCGGAGAAGCGUAGGGAGUUGCUUUUGUGGGCGCUUAGUGUUAGUGACUCUAAAGUGCAAUCUUCUGCACUAGAUGCUUUGUUAUGCUAUAAAGAUGAAAGUUUGAACGUAUACGAAGAAAAUUUAAAGAAUUUAUUGGAUGACAAAAAGUUCAGGGAUGAGUUAACCACCUUUCUUUUUAUAAGCCCGGAGGACAGUAUAAUUCAGGAGCCCCAUCGCUUAAGCCUCAUGCCUGUUGUCAUUAGUAUUUUAUAUGGGAAAAUGACCUCCGCAGCUUAUGGUGGUCAAAAAAAUCAAAAUGCUCGACGAUCUACUGUCUUGUCUACGCUGGGAAAUAUGAGAAUAUCAGACCUAGAGUUACUAAUAGGUUUGAUGCUUAGGCCCUAUCAAGAAUUGCCUCGCAACAUUAUUCACGAAACGGAUCCUCUUGGUAUCGUGAAAUCACUACCUAUGGUUUCUCUCAGACGCCAAAUUGGUUUCCUUUCAAUGGUUGAAGAGCUUCUUAAGCAAAUUUCUUCCAAACUGACUCCCGUAGCGCCUAUGAUUAUCAGUGCUGUCUUGUACAGUUUAUUAUCUGCAGAUCAGUUACUUGUUUCAUCAACCGAUUCCAGAUCCCCAGAUGUCAAGCUCUCCCACACUAUUCGCCAUAACUCGUUGAAAGUGUAUUUGUCGUUUUUGAAAUUUUGUCCUGAAGUCAAUAUCGGCCCUUAUAAUGCUUUUCUAUAUAAAUACUUUGUUCAACCUAAACUUCCUAAGUUUGCAACUGAGAAUACUCAAAGUGUUUCUACACUUAUGCAGAUUUUUAAAGUGUGGUUUGAAAAUACGAAUUACUUGUCGUCAAUAUUGGACUUUGGCAGUUCCAUAAUGAUGAUCUUGCUUGAUGUUAUCUGUCAGUCGACUGUUAAGAUACCUGUUAUCCUUUUUGUCUUUGAAGUCCUUAAUAGUGUCAUCUUGCACGCACAGUCUGAUGAUGUGGAAGAACAUUUUAGACAAAAAAUUACUUCACUGAUGGUACUUCCUAACAUUAAACUGAUAUUCAAUAAUCUGUCCGAUGUACUUGGAAAACCGAUUUUUGCUGACAACAGUCGAGUUUUAGAUGGAUCGGUUGUCGUGCUUACCAAUGUCUCCAAAUUUAUUUCUAGCGAGCUCGAUUCUUCGCGCUUACUAGAUUUACUCGUUCCAUUCUUGAAGAAGCCCAAAAGACUCGUGCCAAACUCCGUAAAAGCAAACAUACUGGAGCUAUUCGCAUGCUUUCUUCCUAAUAACAAACCAUGGGUGCAAGCUUCAUUAGCUGAGCCUACCAGUUUUGAAACAUUAAUGCAAAUGUACGCUCACAUUGAGGAACCUUCGUCUCGUCGAUCUUUGAACGGCAUAUUGAGGGCCUUUAGCAAUGUUGAUUCAGACCUUACCUUUGGUUCUGUCUUUGUGGAAGAAGUUAACUCGUUUUCUCAAAAACGACUUGAUGAGCCUGAUUUUGAACGUCGUCUUUCAGCCUUCACUUCACUAAAUGAAAAACAUUACGCCAACAUCAGCAAUUUAACUUGGUUACCGGUUCUCUACAAUUGUUUUUUCUUUAUUCGAGACGAAGAUGAACUAUCUAUAAGGAGUAGUGCAUCUCUUGGAAUCAAACGAUUUAUCGAUACGAUAUCCUUGGAAGAUACGAAUAGUGAUUUCAAAUCGACUUUAUUCCAAAGUUUUAUUCUUCCUAAUACAAAAACUAACAUGAAGCAUAAGAAUGAAUUCAUCAGACAAGAAUUCGUAUCUUUGCUUAAUUAUUCAGUCCUAAAACUACCUUCAUUUGAAAGUAUCUCCGAUAUGCGUCCACUGCUUUUUGAUGGAGAUGAAGAAGCCAAUUUUUUCAAUAAUAUUCUGCAUAUCCAAUUGCAUAGAAGACGUCGUGCAAUGAGGAGAUUAGCUGGUGUAUGUGAUACAGGAGUCAUUAAAAGUUCCAACAUUUCCCAUAUAUUUUUACCUUUGUUAGAACAUUUUUGCUUUACUUUAAAUAUUCCGCAAACGUUGAUUGAUGAUACUGUACUGACUAUUGGCGAUAUUGCUAAGUGGUUACAAUGGAAUCAAUACCAGGCAAUUUUGAAACGUUAUAUUGGAUUAUUAAAGAAUGCGUCUAUAGAUCAAAAGAUUGUUAUUCGUUUGAUAAAUGCCUUAGUAACCGCAUUAAGACCAUUGGACGUUGCUAUAUCAUCGUAUCACAAAUCGGAUGAAAUGGACAUGGAAAUAGACAAUAAUGAUACCUUGGAAUAUAGGAAUGCUCUUACUGAUAGCCUGCCAGACACAUCGAAGUUAUCCACUUGUUUAGAUAAAAUAAUUCUUCCUCCCUUGCUUCUGUACCUUCAUAUAAGGGAGGAGUCAACAGUCAUGCUUCGUGUUUCGAUUGCUUUGUCAAUAGUGCAGUUGGUUGCAUUGCUUCCGGAUGAAGAGAUUGCAUUACGUUUACCUCCUGUGCUCAUUGACACAUGCCAUAUCCUUCGAAGUCGAUCCCAAGAGUCACGAGAUGCUACCCGGAAAACCCUCUCGUCUAUUGCUAAGGUUCUAGGACCCAAAUAUUUUUCCUUUAUUCUUAAUCAAUUGAGACUUUCUUUACAGAGAGGUUACCAAUUACAUGUUCUCGGGUAUACCGUACAUUCACUCCUGGUUUCAGUUGAGGAUGUUUAUCCAUAUGGCUCACUUGAUUAUUGUUUGGAUAACCUUUCCACCAUAUUUGUCAGUGAAAUUUUCGGUGAAGUCGGCCUAGAAAAAGACGCAGAAGAGUACAAAUCUAACGUCAAAGAAAUUAAAGGAAAUAAAAGCUUUGAUUCAUAUGAAAUUGUUGCUCGUAUGUCUGGCAUUGAAAGCCUUGGCAUACUUUUACGUCCAGUGAAAAAUGUUCUGUCCGAAACAACAUACCCGAGGUCCUUAAGAAAAGUGGAUGAACUGUCUCGAAGAUUGUCUAUGGGUGUUAUGGCCAAUAAGCAAAGCAUGACGCAAAAGGCUUUAAUAUUUUGCUACAAUGUUUUUGAUUAUGUGUCGAAACAAAAUGCAGCUAUGUCUGUAAGCGAUAUCCAUGAAGAACAGCGUAUGCCCAAUCUUUUUGCUAAAAAUUCCAAAAAACUUGUCAGAUUUGCACUGGAUGCUCUUCGUGGAAUCGUCACAAAACAUAAGGAGCUACUUACCUCUGCAAAUAUGACUGGAUUUGUCCCCAUUAUUGGUGAUUCUUUAUUGAGUGACUCUGAAGAGCUUAAUAUAUCCGCUUUACGCAUCAUAGUUGUUCUGCUUCCAUUGAAAAUGGCACAAGUUUUCUCAGGAAGCACCGUCUUCAUUUCUCAAGCUAUUAAACUGAUACAGAAUUCUCCGACUACCAAUUCUGAAUUAUGUCAAGCUAGUUUAAAAUUUAUCGCUAGCAUAUUACCUUAUGAAGGUGUUGAAAUUAAAGAAUCAGCUUUAAGCUAUCUUUUGGAAAGGAUUAGUGGUGAUAUAGAAGAGCCUGAUCGCCAGGGCGUUAUGUUUUCUUUAGUUAGAGCUAGCAUAACUCGAAAAGCUAUGUCGCCGGAGCUUUAUAAACUAAUGGAUAAAAUUCGUGAUAUGAUGGUUACCAACCAUACUAAAUCUACCCGUCAAACUUGUCGUCAUUUGUACUACGCUUUCCUUCUGGAUUUCCCACAAGGGAAAACUAGGUUUGCAAAGCAAAUGUCUUUUAUUUUAAAAAACCUUGAAUAUGAGUUUGCACCCGGUAGGGAAUCAAUUAUGGAAUUGCUGCAUGCUAUCCUAAAUAAUUUUAGUGAUACUCUCCUAAAAGAGUAUCUUCAUGGAAUAUUUCUCGCUUUGGUCAUGGUUUUAGUCAAUGAUCCUGAACCACAUUGUCGAGAGCUGUCUGCCGAACUAAUAAAGAAUGUUUUUCAGCGAGUAGACGAGGAAAGCUAUGCCUUAAUCAGACAACUUUUGUUUACCUGGAUCUCCAAGAAGUCAAACACUGCUAAGAACUUACAUCGAGUUGGAAUGCAAUUGUUUGGGUUGUUAUUUGAGAUUUACGGGUUUGAAAAAACUCAAGAAGUUGAAGUUUUUACUGGUGUGUUAAUAGAUGUUUUACAAACCGCAAUAAACAAAGGUGACGAUGCACUGGAUGAAUGGGAGAUGCUUUAUUUUGGUCUUCAAUCAUGGCUAAAGCUUGUUAUUGCUAAUUCGGUAAAGGCUUGCAGUCGUGAUUACGCACAAAUUUGGACACUUAUUCGUUAUGUUUUGCUCUUUAAACAUGCCUGGGUUCGACUUUCUGUUUCACGUCUUUACGGUUACUUCUUUGCGUUAACUGGCAACUCGAGUUUCAAUCAGGUGAAGUUAAAGGCAUCUGAAGUUGAAUUUGGACUGGAUUUCGUUUUGCAAAUUUCAAAUGCAAUGCAAGCUCAGUUACGUAGCUCUUCUCUGUCUGAAGAACUUGGGACACAAGUCGUCAAGAACUUGGUAUUCUUAACUCGUUGGUUUAACACCAUUCGAAAAGAAAACUCUGAACCGUUUUUGGACAUAUUUAGACGCAUGUAUAAGAGCUUAAGAAAACAAAAAGUUGAAAGUAUGGAUUUAAGCAAGAAAUACAUGAUUCAAUGGUUCGUAAUUGUUAUUCGUCUAUUUUCAAGCGAAGAAUUACUGCCUGUUUUGAGAGAUAUUAUAAGCGCUUUGUACAGAUAUACUGAGUUAAAUGAGGCAGAAAAAAAGAUACAACAAGAACUUGUAGAUAUUGUCAUUGAGUCUCUUGAUGUCCUUCAAUCCAAGGUCGGAACAACUGAGUAUGUCAAUGCAUAUCAAGAAGUUCGUCAAGCUAGUCUAGAUGUUAGACGCGAACGACGUGAAAAGCGAGCCAUCGAGCAGGUUGUGGAUCCGGAAAUAGCUACUAAGAAAAAGUUACGCAAAUAUGAAAGAAAACACGAUGUUCGCAAAGAAAGAACGCAGCAUCAAAGGAUGUUGAAUGCUGUCUUCAAAAAAAGGUAA